AUGGCGGCGCAGUGUUCUGCAUGCCGCCUCCCGCCGCCGCUGGUGCUGCUGGGCUUCGCCGUGCUCGUCCUCUCUCUGCCCGCCGCCGCGCAGCCACCCCCCGACGCUCUCCGCGCCGGCCACGCCGCGUCCUCGCUGCCCGUCGCCGCUGCCGCGCCGCGCACCAGAUACCUUUUGUAUGAUGUAAAUCCUCCUGAAGGGUUUAACCUCCGCAGAGAUGUGUACAUUCGCAUUGCUUCCCUUUUAAAGACCUUGCUGAAAAGUGAAAACUGGGUGCUAGUUCUGCCUCCCUGGGGACGUCUUUAUCACUGGCAGAGCCCCGACAUCCUUCAGGUCCGGCUCCCUUGGUCUGAGUUCUUUGAUCUCCCAAGCCUCAACAGGAACAUUCCUGUCAUUGAAUACGAGCAAUUUCUUGCAGAGUCAGGUGGGCCCUUUAUUGAACAGAUUUACGUCCUACAAGGCUACGCAGAAGGAUGGAAAGAAGGAACAUGGGAAGAAAAAAUAGAUGAAAGGCCAUGCAUUGAUCAGCUUAUGUACUCCAAAGACAAACACGAGUACUACAGGGGAUGGUUCUGGGGUUACCAGGAGACACGGGGCCUAAAUGUCUCUUGUUUGUCUGUCCAAGGAUCUGCCUCUAUCGUGGCUCCCAUCCUUUUGAAGAACACUUCAGCACAGUCAGUGAUGUUAGACAGAGCUGAAAACCUUCUUCAUGACCACUACGGAGGGAGAGAUUACUGGAAUACCCGUCGGAGCAUGGUGUUUGCUAAACACCUCCGUGUAGCAGGAGAUGAGUUCAGGAGCAAAUACCUUCAGUCCACCGAUGAGGCAGACAGGACUCACUACAAUGAGGACUGGACACAGAUGAAGGUUAAGAUGGGCACAGCUCUAGGUGGUCCAUACCUUGGGGUUCAUCUCAGAAGGAAAGACUUCAUCUGGGGUCACAGAGAAGACGUGCCUUCCCUGCAAGGAGCUGUAAAGAAAAUCCACAGCCUCUUGGAGAUGCUUAAACUUGAAAGAGUUUUUGUAGCCACUGAUGCUGUUGAGGAAGAGAUUGAAUUGCUCAAGAAACUGCUGCCUGAGAUGGUGAGAUUUGAACCCUCAUGGGAGGAGCUGGAGCUCUACAAAGAUGGGGGCUUGGCUGUGAUUGACCAGUGGAUCUGUGCACAUGCAAGGUAUUUUAUAGGCACCUCAGUUUCCACGUUUUCCUUCCGGAUCCAUGAAGAAAGAGAGAUCUUGGGAUUUGAUCCAAAAACAACUUACAACCGGUUUUGUGGCGAAAAGGAGAAAAACUGUGAGCAGCCAACUCACUGGAAAAUUGUGUACUAAAGUACAGAGAAUUCCAAGGACUUCAGCACUGGUGAGCACAACAGAAUAAGGAAACACCCCAGGGAAAUCCCUCCUUUUGACCAAACUACAGCUCUGUCCUCUACCCUCUUCUUGGUGAUUACUUGAUCUUUUUGCUUUGAAGAACAAGCAAUACUCACCUUCUUAGGCAGGGAUGGGAGCAAGAAAACUGCAGUCAGCCUGGGAUCCAGUACUUGUCAUAGCCACGAACAGAGAACCACCAGACACUGCGAGACUUGAGAGGUAAAACUUUGUCCUGAAACCAGGCACCAAACUAAGUAAAUCACAGCUUUCUUUAGAGUUCUGAGGAGGAAGAGGGGCAGUUUUAACUUUUAUAAGUUAAAAUACUCUAUUUCUGUCUUUAUUUUUUGUCCUGUUCAGUGUUUGCCUCUCUGAUGGCAAAAAAAACCCGCAUCUUCUUUUGUGACCUGCACUACAUGAGGUGCAAGUUGUGUGGAAACUGUCAUUCUCUGGGGAAAUCUUCCAUCUUCAAGCAGUAUUUUGUGAACAUUUAAAUUGUCUGAUGCAGUCAGUGCUUGACAAAAGAAAAGGAGGACGUGUUUUGACCUGAAUACCAACUGCAUUAACAGUAGCUUCAGUGGGUCUGUGCUGAAAGGGGCAAAAUGAUACAGGGCUUGUAGGCUGGUAAGAGAAAGGUUGUUUAUUGUUAUGUUUUACCUUCACAAAGGAAACUCUUUCUGCCCAUCGUAGUCCUUCCAACAGCCUUCUCAGUUGCACUGAUGCAGAUGUCAGCACCCUUUUGGCCUCACCCAGUUGCUCAGGUCAGUGAGCGUGAUGGGUUGCUGGGGAGCAGGGAAGUUUCCAUGUCAGUCACGUGGGUUGUCCCAGUGACUCAGUAAAGGAAUUUUCUGUACUUCUCCCUUGCACAAACUGAAAGGAGUAAACUGAGAACAAUCACAGACAGGGAAGGUCCUUGGGCCUUGGGGAGAUGUGCAUAAACCGUCUGGAACGUGGUAGGUGGGGUUGUGCUCUGAUGGAGAUGCUGGUUGGUACAGGGGAAGAACCCUCUGCUACACCACCAGCCACAAGUGAAAUGCAGCUCCUGUUUGAGGAGGGCUUUGAAGAGGUAUCUGUUGCAGCUCUUGCAGUCUCCUGCUCUGUAGAAUUGGCUGCUGGGCAGUAUUCUGCUUCACGCUGUGCUUCAGGUGGCUCUUUCACUCUGCAGGUCUACAGAGCUCUGUUAAGCAGGACAAACCUUUCUCAAAAGUGGCCUAGGAGACAGGUUCAAAAGGUGAAGCAGACACUGCUCCUUAAAGUCAGUAUUACCAAAUUACCUCACUGCCAGUGGACCCUUUUGCUCUUUCCUCUUGGCUUGAGUGGGAGCACAUGGAACAGUCCUGCAGUGGACAUCUCCCACAUGCUACCAGACAAUUCUGUUACUUCCUCCUGUGCAAAUGCAGCAGAAGCUGGGCAGACUUCUCAGGCAGUCUCAGCACCAGGUCUCCUGUUCUUACCCCAUGUAUUCCUUCAAAGCAGUGCCUUUUUCCACCAAGUCAAAUGUUCCCCUUUAACCUGUGCACGUGGAAAGCAGUGGUGGCAUUUUCUGUGUUAUGUAUACCUCAGUAUGACAAUAAAAAGCUUUGUAGCAUUUUA